CGACGCACGUGCUACGACCGGGAUCGACCAUGAACACGCUGCAUGCCAACGACUGCGGGGCCGACGGCGCGCCGGUCCUCACCGCAGACGAGUCCAUCCUCUCGGUCUUCCCGAGCAUCCGCAUGUUCUUCAGCGAGUACGACGAGGAAGAUGAGGCUUCCGUCGUGGCCAAGGGCGCGGGCAACCUCGUCGUAACAACCAAGCGCGUGGUUUGGAUCACGUCGCAGCCCGGCAUGGCCGAAGUCGGCUACGCAUGGGACAUGCGGUACCUCUCGCUGCAUGCGAUCUCGCGCGAUACGUCGAGCUUCCCGGAGCCCUGCCUGUACUGCCAUCUGGACGUGGAGGAUGAUGUCCAAGAAGUCCGCUUCGUCCCCGACGACAGCUCCAAGACGUUGCAAGCCAUGUUUGACGCGUUCUCGGCCUCGGCGGCCUUGAACCCAGACGACGACGAAGAUGACGAAGAAGGCGAAUGGAUCUACAACGAAGACGAGGUUGAGGCCGGUGCGCAGAUGGACAUUGCCGCGCAUCUGGACUCGAUCCUUACCGUGUCGCCGGCCAUUGCGCAGGCGCAUGGCGGCGUUGCAGGGCAGUUUGACGACGCCGACGAAGACGACUUGUUGUAAUAUGCAAAAUGGACUCGCCUUCUCGCAACGCCUCUCC